CGAAAGGUGAAGCAGAUAGACGGCAUUCGAGCUAAAGUUAUGUCAAGGAUAAACACAGAUAAGACCUAUUGAUCUUUUCAACGUAUUUUAUUGAUUCAUGUUUGCAAGAAGGGGAUAUUCUUCAACGAAUUUAUUUGAGUUUUGCAAGUGAAUAACAGAAGAGGGAGAGGCCCAACAGGAUGGCCAGUGUGCUCUGUAGCAGAGCCAGGCUGGUGACUUACCUGCCAGGGCUUCAUGUACUGGUCCGACGGAUUGCUGGAACCAACCAGAGAACAUUCUCUGGUGCUGGAUCAUCUGGCUCUGAUGAGCCUCGUGUAGCCAUCACACCCCCUGACCUUGGACCCAGGACAGUUUGGCCAGAUGAUAGUAUGGGUCCGUUCGGGCCUCAGGACCAGCGCUUCCAACUGCCAGGUAACUCAGGCUUUGACUGCCACCUGGAAGGCACAGCAGAACAGAAGAUUAAUGGCCCAGUCCACCGGACAGUCCCUGACUUGCUGACUGCUCCCUCCAGCGGCGAGAGGCAUGAGUUCAUUCUUGCCCAAUUUGUCGGCGAGUUCCAAGGGAAAGAGGCUGAUCCCCCGGAACAAAUAGUCAACAGAGCAGAACAGUACUUUGAUAACUCCAAUGUAGAGUGUGCGAUACAGUCUUGCCCUGAGCUGCUGAAGAAAGAUUUUGAGUCAAUGUUCCCUGAGGCCCCUAACAACGGCAUGACGGUUGUCACGGUGACCCAGAAAACUCAGAACGACAUGACAGCGUGGUGUGUGGAGGUGGACAAAGAGAGGGAGUUGAUGCUAGACAAAUUUGUUGCCGGUGCCAAGGAAAUCUGUUAUGCCUUGAGGACAGAAGGCUUCUGGGCUGACUUCAUAGACCCAUCCUCAGGCCUGGCAUUCUUUGGGUCGUACACCAACAACACACUGUUUGAGACCGACGAGAGGUACCGUAACCUGGGCUUCAGCAUCGAGGACUUGGGCUGCUGCAAAGUCAUCCGCCAUGCAUUGUGGGGGACGCAUGUUUUCGUGGGGACAGUUUUCACCAGCGCACCUCCCCAUAGCCUUAUCAUGAAGAAGCUGCAAGGGAACUACACCUGAAUGAUGGGAGAGUGUCUGGUAUGUGGUUGCUAUUCAACUUUGACGUGUCAAGGCUCUUUACACAGCCCUUAACUACUAUUUGCUUUUUCUU